CUGGCCUGCUUUAUCUUGAUCACUUUUUUGUAAAUUAACACACAAAAAACCAGAAAUAAAAUAUUAAUUCUGAUAUAUCAGUUUAAAAGGCGGUUUGAUAUGUCAACCGGAAAAGAAACAGCCGGCGAGGGUUUGGCCACCGGAAUACACAACAUAAUGAUCGAAGACCACGUGAAAGUCACGUGCUUCUCUGAAGUCUCCGAUGAUUUGACUCUUCACUUCCAGAUCAUUCGUCUUCCUAAUCAGAUAUAUGCGUGGAUUGGUUGCAACUCAGCGAAGUUUGGUCACUUGUAUGCUGCUGCUCCUACACGUCCUAACAAUACAGUCAGUGUUGCUUCCCUUCUUGCAGGUGCUUCUGAUAAUACAGGAUCUGGUAUUGCACGGCGAAUAGUUUUAAAGACCGGUCUUAACGUUAUAUUGGCAUGUAACAUACCAAAAGAGAACCCCAUGCUUGAGGUAAAUGCGGAGAAGAGGCUGGUGCAGAAGUUGAUUGAACUAGGUUAUGCAAAGCCUAAAUCUAAGGGAUUGUCUUCAUAGCAAAGUUCUUAAAGGCCAAGAUUAUGCAUGGUUAGCUACUUUGGCCUGGUAAUUUGGACAAAUGAUAAAUUCUUAAAUUUAAUAUGCAAGUGGUGGAUGUCAGCAGCCAUUGUAGUUCAUUGUUCGCUUGUGACUGCUUCCCUGACUCCUGCCUUGGGGGAUUUUGCUAUGUAUGAUGAUCAUUUCAAAUGGUUGCAUUAGUUUGUCAUAUACUAUGUUAAAUCUUGAAUUUAAAAUGUAGAUUAUGGUAAACAGUCUAUCAUGUUUACUUUUGUGGGGGAUUUUUUUACUGGGGCUUAAAAUAUGAUCUCGGUGAGCCUUGCAAGUUUUCUACUUGUUUACACUAUCUGUUUGCUUAUUA